UUUCAAAAGCGUAACUUCCUCAGAGAUUAUAAUUAUUUAUUUAUUUAGUAUAUAUUUAUUCGAAAUGAGUGGAUCAUUGCUAAACUACACCUGGCAAGCUGUUGUGAUAUAUUUCCUUUUGGCCCCGUCACACGGGCCGUGCCUGCUAGCAGCCGAACCUAUCCGUUGUUCCCCCUGUACAGCGGAGAAGUUACUUGGAUGUCCGGCGGUGCCAACUGGCUGUGUGGAGGUGGCCCGAGAGCGAGUCUGCGGAUGCUGUACAACAUGCGCGUUGCAGAAAGGGGACUUGUGUGGGUUGUACACAGCUGGAUGCGGCUCUAGCUUGCGUUGUUACCCUCGAGAGGGAGACUCGCGUCCUCUUCACUCAUUGACACGAGGACAAGCUAUUUGUAUGGAGCCAGCAGAAGUGGCCAGGAUCCAGGAUUCACAAACUUUAGAAAACAAGGGCCUGACAGAAAAUGACAAUACUGAAGAUACAUCUGUGUACAGGGACCCACAUUCCCUACACAAUCGACUUAUGCCGCCACUGGGCCAUGUCACACAUGAGAAGCCAUUUGACCCAAGGAAUACUGCUGAUGCCCAGGAGAGCACGAAAGCCAAGAACAAAGCAUUCCGAAAGAAAGCUGUAGAACAGGGUCCAUGCCAUAUUGAACUAAGCAGAGAGCUUGAUAAAAUAGCAAAAUCUCAACAGAAAAUGGGUGAAAAAUUCAACAGGUUUCACCUUCCCAACUGUGAUAGACAUGGCUUCUAUCGUGCAAAGCAGUGUGAGGCAUCCCUGGAUGGUGAGCGGGGGAAGUGCUGGUGUGUCUACCCUUGGAACGGAAAAAGUAUCCCAGGAUCACCGGAGGUUAGAGGAGACCCGGAGUGUCAGCAGUACCUGGCUUUGCAAGAACAAGACCAAACUCGCUAAUCUUAGAAUUUGUUUUUUAUGUAAGCUCACCAUUUCUCAAACACUCAUGGUUUUAUUUAUUCAUUUCUAUGCUGCUUUAUUUAAUUUCCUUCAGGGUAGGUGCCAAAAGGCCAUUAUGCGGGUAAACGAACAACUAAAGAUUUAUUCAGGGAUUUAGUGGACAGGUCUGUAGCUACUUGUGUUCACUUUGCAAAAUUGGGCACUAUACUGUAUUAUUACUGUUUCUUCUCUGUGCAGUCUGUUAGGGCUGUGCACAUUCAUUCCAUUGUUUUUAAGCUGUUAGGUAUUAAUUAAAUGGAAUAAAUACAUGUUAAUUACCUUGUUUGUGCUUGUCCACACAAUUAGUGCCAAUCAAUACAUAUUGCUGAAGUUAUUGCCAUUGAUUGGUACUCAGUUGUAUAGAUGAGGACUAGCAAGAGAAUUAGGCAGCUUUUCCUCUUGUGAAAUUAAUAUAUAUUUUUUAAAAGGCUUGUUUUGGUUUAUUUAAUACCUUACUCUGAAAAUGUGAGUACUUGCACAGUCCUAGUUUCAUUUAAACAGUACACAUGGUUUUAGAGUGACAUUUAUAUGUUGAGUUUCUGUAUCGAUGACAAACAGAGGUAUUGUUUUUAGUAGAGAUUCUUUCAGGCUAAUUGUAGCCAGUGUAACAGGCUGUGACGUGUGAUGCACUGCUUUUUCAAUUAAUCAAUCAAUACUUUAUUUAUAUAGCGCCUUUCAUACAUAAAGUGUAUCAAGAUAAGUACUUUACAGAGCAAAAUCUAAAUACAAUUCAUGAGUAUAGAAAUUUAAGAAAAACAGAGUUUAGUUUUAAAAAGCUAAUUUACAUAAAUGAAAAUUAAAAUACAAUACAUUUGUAUAGAGAGAUUAAAGAGAAAAACAUUUGAAAAUUCUGUUUAAAAAAAGCUAAUCUAAAAAAGUAAUUUUCAGUUUUGACAAAGUCAUCAAUUGUGUAGCACUUCUGAUAUGAGGUGGCAGUGCAUUUCACAAUCUGGGAGCACAGUGACUAAAAGCUCUCUCUCCCUUCCUUUUUGUGUACACUUGUGGGAGGCACAGAAGGCCUGCAUCAGCUGAUCUUAAAUCAUGAGAAGGUAUAUAUGUGACCCCUGUCAGUGAGAUAAGUUCAAAAGCUCUAUACUUGAGUUUUCUUUUGUGUGCAGUGGUUGUGAUCGCUUGGGGCAUGCAUGGUCAGUGGUUGUCACCCAACCACCCGUUACACCAGCUUGGAAAACACCUGGAGCACACCUUCACAACUGGGUGCAGGCCAUUGACAAGCCCCAAAAUAUCUUCAGCAAAAUCAGUAUCCGUGCUGGCUAUUGUUCCACAAACUCAGCAUCCAAACAUACACUAAAUAUGUUUACGUAAAUAAAUAAUUAAAUUCAUAUGAAUAUUAAUAUCUUGUAUUAUAAGUCACAUUUUUAUACUUUUAGUUUUGGUACCUGUCUAAAAAACUAUUCUGUAUGCAUAUUUAUUAUUUGUUGUGGGCAAAUAUUAACAUUAAAGUUAUUUGUAAUAAUUAGUAUUUUUAAGAUCUAUAUAAACAUAAUUGUAUGUAUUUUUGUGGUACUGUUUUUCUAAAUGUAUGUAAAUAAUAUGAUGAUACAAGUGUAUUACAGAAUUUACUCCACAUUUCCAUGAACUCACUGACAACAAGUCUUCAUAUUUUCUGGUAUAUUUUAGAUAUUUGAUAUCAUUUUUACAUAAUUAUCUUUCUCUAUAUGUUUUUACUAUUCAUUUAAUCCAUGAGUUUUCAAUCAUUCUCUACCAAUCAUUACCAGUAUGUACUGUAGUACAGUUCUUCAUUAACAUGAUGGAAGCAUGCAUUUCAAAGCAUUAUUUGUAUAUUUAUAUACAUGUAAAUUAUAUUUCAGUUCUUUUCUCUUACUAAUACGAGAAUAAUAUCUGUAUCUUUGGUUAAUGUUUUUUUCUGAAAUGAAAAAUGUUUGAAAUUUGCUGCUACAAGGCUGCUGCCAUGUUUUUUCUUUUAUAUUCAUUACCUUUAAAUAAUGUUUUACCUGUUUGUGUAAAGUUGUACUUUUUCAAGUUUAAAUAUAAUGACUGAACUGAAUAAACACAUUAAAUGUA